AUGACAUGGAUUCUGGGCUGGCCAUUGUCUUUCCUCGCAUUCGUCAAGACCCAACUCGUACUUUUACUCCUUCGUGUUCUAUCUGCGGGCCCUAUUCCACGCCAUGUGGCCUUUGAAAUGGACGGUAACCGCCGCUUUGCACGUCUCACCGGCCGACGUGCGGUCGAGGGUCAUUCAGACGGGUUUCAUACACUUCAGCAGAUCUUAGAGAUAUGCAUGCGCCUUAACAUACGCUGUGUCACGGUCUACGCCUUUGCGAUCGAAAACUUCAAUAGACCACCCGACGAAGUCGGCGCGCUUAUGAAACUGGCAGAGGAGAGACUCGUGGAGAUUGCACAGAAUGGUGCUCUCUUAAGCCAGUAUGGCGUACGCCUCAAUGUGCUUGGUCAUCGCGAGCUGCUGCCUGCGCAUGUUCAAGUCGCAAUUGAAAAAGCCGAGGGAAUGACGCGUCAGAAUAACAGAGCAAUAUUAAAUGUCUGCGCACCAUAUGCUUCGCGGCAUGAGAUAACAUCAGCGGUACAAUCUGUCGUGCAGCAGGCUCUCGAUAAAGAGAAUUUUGAUUCUUCAACGAUCACAGAACAAUCCAUUGAGGAAAACCUGAUGACUACGCUUGGGGGCAGCCCACCACUCGACAUUUUCAUUCGCACAAGUGGCGUGAAGCGAUUAAGUGGUUUUCUGCAGUGGCAGUGCUGCGAAAACACUCAGAUUCACAUGGUAGAUACCUACUGGCCGGACUUUCGGCCUCCGUGA